AUGGCUGAGGCUGGCCUGAGGUGCUGGCUAUUCUGCAUCCUGUUGCUGUGCUCGGCCCAGGCACAACCAUACACACCCUUCCACCGGGCUGGCUACUGUGCCUUCUACGAUGAAUGUGGGAAGAACCCUGAGCUGUCAGGGAGCUUGGCCCCGCUGUCCAACGUCUCCUGCCUUUCUAACACACCUGCCCGCCUUAUCACGGGCCAGCACCUGACCCUCCUGCAGCGCAUCUGCCCCCGCCUCUACACUGGCCCCAACACUACCUAUGCCUGCUGCUCCUCCAAGCAACUGGUGGCCCUUGAGAUAAGCCUGGCAGUCACCAAGGCUCUCUUCACUCGUUGCCCUGCGUGCUCCGACAACUUUGUUAGCCUGCACUGUCACAACACCUGUAGCCCUGACCAGAGCCUCUUUAUCAAUGUGACACGUGUCUCCCAGGCGGUCAGUGGGCAGCCCCCAGCAGUGCUGGCCUACCAGGCCUUCUACCAACGCAGCUUUGCUGAGCGUGCCUAUGAUUCCUGUAGCCGUGUACGUGUCCCUGCAGCUGCCACGCUGGCUGUGGGCACCAUGUGUGGUGUGUAUGGCUCUGCUCUGUGCAAUGCCCAGCGCUGGCUCAACUACCAGGGAGACACUAGCAAUGGCCUGGCUCCGCUGGACAUCACCUUCCAUCUCUGGGACCCCAGCCAGGUCCCUGGAGAUGGGAUACAGCUUCUGAACUCGGAGAUUGUGAGCUGCAACGAGUCCCAGGGGACUGGUGCUGCAGCCUGCUCAUGCCAGGAUUGUGCUGCAGCCUGCCCUAUCAUCCCACACCCGCAACCCUUGGACAACACCUUCCGCCUGGGCCAGAUGGCAGGGGACCUGGUCCUUAUAAUCAUCCUGUGCUCUGUCUUUACUGUCCUUGUCGUCUUCCUUACGCAACCCCGCCUGGCCCAUUGCAGGGAGAAGGGCAAGGUCUCGGACCCUGAUGUGCAUACAAGCUUCUUCGAUAGGCUCAGCUUCACCACUCACAUGCUCCUGGGCCACUUCUUCCAGGCCUGGGGUACAUGGGUGGCCUCAUGGCCACUGACUAUCCUGGGGGUGUCCAUUGCAGUUGUGCUGGCUUUGGCAGGGGGCUUGGCCUUCAUGGAACUCACCACAAAUCCUGUGGAGCUAUGGUCAGCCUCUAACAGCCAGGCCCGGCAGGAAAAAGAAUUCCAUGAUCAGCAUUUUGGCCCUUUCUUUCGCACCAACCAGGUAAUCCUGACUGCACCUGGCAGGGCCAGUUAUGGCUAUGACUCCCUGCUAUUGGGACCCAAGAACUUCAGUGGGGUCCUGGCGCCCGACCUGCUGCUAGAGCUGUUGGAGCUGCAGGAGAAGUUGCGGCAGCUGCAGGUGUGGUCGCCUGAAGAGCAGCGCAAUGUCUCACUGCGUGACGUCUGCUAUGCCCCGCUCAACCCACACAAUGCCAGUCUCUCAGACUGCAGCAUCAACAGCCUGCUGCAGUAUUUCCAGAAUAACCAAUCUCGCCUGCUGCUCACUGCCAACCAGACCCUCAUGGGGCAGACUUCUGAGGUUGGCUGGAGGGAUCACUUUCUCUACUGUGUCAAUGCCCCUCUCACCUUCAAAGAUGGCACAGCCCUGGGCCUAAGCUGCAUGGCUGACUACGGGGCCCCUGUCUUCCCUUUCCUUGCAGUGGGGGGCUACAAAGGGAAGGACUAUUCUGAGGCAGAGGCCCUGAUCAUGACCUUCUCCCUCAACAACUACCUGCCUGGGGACCCUCGGCUGGCGCAGGCCAAGCUCUGGGAGUCAGGCUUCCUAGAAGAGAUGCGCGCCUUCCAGCUGCGGACAGCAGGCAUCUUCCAGGUCACCUACAUGGCGGAGCGCUCUCUGGAAGACGAAAUCAACCGAACCACAGGGGAAGAUUUGCCCAUCUUUGCCAUCAGCUACAUUGUCAUCUUCCUGUAUAUCACCCUGGCCCUGGGCAGCUACUCCAGCAAGUGCCGAGUGCUGGUGGACUCCAAGGCCACACUGGGCCUGGGUGGGGUGACAAUAGUGCUGGGAGCAGUCAUGGCUGCCAUGGGCUUCUUCGCCUAUGUGGGUGUUCCCUCCUCUCUGGUCAUCUUCCAAGUUGUGCCUUUCCUGGUGCUUGCUGUGGGUGCUGACAACAUCUUCAUCUUCGUUCUUGAGUACCAGAGACUGCCGAGGAAGCCUGGGGAGCAGCGGGAAGCACAUAUUGGCCGAACCCUAGGCCGCGUGGCCCCCAGCAUGCUGCUGUGCAGCCUCUCUGAGGCCAUCUGCUUCUUCUUAGGGGCACUGACAACCAUGCCGGCUGUGCGAACCUUUGCUCUGACCUCUGGCCUUGCAGUGGUGUUUGACUUCCUGCUGCAGAUGUCGGCCUUCGUGGCCCUGCUUUCCCUUGACAGCAAGAGGCAGGAGGCCUCCCAACUUGAUGUCUGCUGCUGCCUCAGGGCCUGGCAGCCUCCCCCACCCAGCCCCAGGGAGGGGCUUCUGCUCCGCUUUUUCCGCCAGGUCUAUGUGCCAAUCCUGCUGCACCAAGUCACUCGGGUGGUUGUGUUGGUGCUGUUCCUGGCUCUGUUCGGCGUGGGUCUUUACUUCAUGUGCCAUAUCAGCGUGAGCCUUGACCAGGAAUUGGCCCUGCCCAAGGACUCAUACCUGCUUGACUACUUCCUCUUUCUGAACCGCUACUUUGAGGUGGGAGCCCCUGUCUACUUUGUCACCAGUGCGGGCUAUAACUUCUCCAGUAAGGCUGGCUUGAACAGCAUCUGCUCCAGUGCAGGCUGCGACAACUACUCUUUAACCCAGAAGAUACAGUAUGCCACCGAGUUCCCUGAGCAGUCUUACUUGGCCAUACCAGCCUCCUCCUGGGUGGAUGACUUCAUUGACUGGCUGACCCCAUCCUCUUGCUGCCGCCUCUAUGCCUUUGGCCCCAAUAAGGACGAAUUCUGUCCCUCAACCAGCAGUUCCUUGAAUUGCUCUAAAAGCUGCAUGGGACUCACUCUGGGCCCUGUCCGACCCUCAGUGGAGCAGUUCCACAAGUACCUCCCAUGGUUCCUGAAUGAUCCACCCAACAUCAAGUGUCCCAAAGGGGGCCUGGCAGCUUAUAGCACUUCUGUGAAUCUGGGCUCAGACGGUCAGAUUUUGGCCUCCCGGUUCAUGGCCUACCACAAGCCCCUGAAGAACUCACAGGAUUACACGGAAGCUCUGCGGGCGACUCGAGCCCUAGCAGCCAAUAUCACUGCCAGCCUAUUGAAGGUUCCAGGGACAGACCCAGCCUUUGCAGUCUUCCCAUACACGAUCACCAAUGUGUUUUAUGAGCAGUAUCUGACUAUUGUCCCAGAGGGGCUCUUCAUGCUGAGCCUCUGCCUUGUACCCACCUUUGUUGUCUGCUGCCUCUUGUUGGGCAUGGACCUCCGCUCUGGCCUCCUUAACCUCUUCUCCAUCAUCAUGAUCCUCGUGGACACUGUUGGCUUCAUGGCACUUUGGGGCAUCAGCUAUAAUGCUGUGUCCCUCAUCAACUUGGUCACGGCAGUGGGCAUCUCAGUGGAGUUUGUGUCCCACAUCACCCGCUCCUUUGCCAUCAGCACCAAACUCACCAGACUGGAGAGGGCCAAAGAGGCCACCAUUGACAUGGGUAGUGCGGUCUUCGCUGGCGUAGCAAUGACCAAUCUGCCUGGCAUCCUGGUCCUGGGCCUUGCAAAGUCUCAGCUCAUCCAGAUCUUCUUCUUCCGUCUCAACCUACUCAUCACCCUCCUGGGCUUGCUGCAUGGCCUAGUUUUCCUGCCUGUAGUCCUCAGCUACCUGGGGCCUGAUGUCAACCAUGCUCUGGUGCUGCAGCAGGAGCGAGAAGAGGUGGCUGCUAUGGCCAGCGAGGCCAUGGCCAGGAAAGACUCCUGCCCAAAGCAUCUUUCUCCAACCCACGUGACCAGUAACAUCUAUGUCAACAACGGUUUUGAAGAUGAUACCAAGAGUGCUGGUGAUGUGGACAGUUCUUUGCCCAAGAGUGGGCAGAUGCUCUGA